AUGGUUAUUUGUGCACAGAGAAAGAGUGAUUUGAUAACGGCCAAGAAAGCAUAUAGUAGGUGCAAACGUUUAUGGCUUUAUUGUGUUAGAUCCGAGCAAAAGUUGAGUUGCUUUUCUGAUCUUUGAGUAAGAUUUGGGGUACUGGCUGAUUGUAGAUAUGGGUCACUGAGUUUUGGGACUAACAAAAAAAACGGAGGUUUUCUCUUCCCAGUUUAUGUUUCUUCACGAAAGUGUACUCCAAAACAAGGGUUUUAAUAUCAUCAAUAGACCAUUAAUUGAGCCUGCCUCGUCUUACUACUACUACUACUACUACGACAACAACAACUACUACUACUACUACUACUACUACUACUACUACUACUACUACUACUACUACUACUACUACUACUACUACUACUACUACUACUACUACUACUACUACUACUACUACUACUACUACUACUAGUAGUAGUAGUAGUACUAGUAGUAGUAGGUAGUAGUAGUAGUAGUAGUAGUAGUAGACAGCAGUGCCUAGCUUAAAAUACGUCGCAAAAUGACAGCUUAGUAAGUUAUUCACAAGAACUAAAAUAUUUGAAAUGAAUCAUAUUUUGAACUGCGCAUAAAGAUCUGAAAUUGAACAGGACCUACGCAAUAGAAUGAACAACCUAAGCGGUUCAAAACGAACCCGAAAAAAAAAAAUCACAAGUAUGUAACUAGCUAUAUAGUAAACAUCCGUUCAAGCUGAAACGGGGUCAUCGAGGCAUAUGCAUGAAAAACCUGGUUGCUAAACUCCUAUAACAUUAUACAUUUAGGCAAAGAGUUGAAAAGGAGUGAGUCACUCUGUGUGGCUGAAAAAACGUAGAUAAGGAGGAUUGCGGAACCUAGUGUGAGCAAAGUAGUGCAAAGUAACCGCCGUCAUAUGAAGAUAAAGGGGGAGGGAGAGGGUAGUGGGCUAAAUAGUCCACACUGGGAAGGGUAAAUUGUUUUAAGCGGACUUUAAAAGCCGCUUAUCAGCAUGUCUUUCAAUGCGACCAGCAUUAUUUGAAGUGAAUUCGAUGCAAACCUUGAGCGUAGACUUAGCAUCUUUCAGGUUUGUCUGUCAGCAAUGGUUGAUGUAAGUAUUAGGAACUAGUUUGAUUGGUCGGAAAUGUUUCCAAACCGCUCUUACUAUGAAAGAGAUGUACGGUAAUAAUGCUCGUUGACAGGGCUCAGUACCUGCUUUUUUAAAUUUUUUUUAUAAACUUUUAGGAGGACAAUUUAUUUGCUUCCCUCUAUCGGCUCUUCUGGUAAUACUUGGGCGAAAUGUAAGACACCAAUUUGCAUUUCAGUGCUGAGGAUGUGCUAACCACUGGCCGAAAUUAUGUAUUGCUACCUACUAGUAAAUGGGAAGAUUUCUAAAGAAAAAGAAUUUUAUACACUCUCUAGCAUGAACUACAGCGCUUGAUAUGAGGUAGGGUUAGAAUUGUAAUUGCAUGGUUACAUGUAAGAACUAUAAGAGUUUGAACGCCUAGGAAAUCGCGGCUGGUGUUAUCCUGACCAGUUGUGCAACGUAUUAGUUUCAAAUACCGUUUAAGCUGUUAAAUUCGUUACAAGUUAGAGUACCGCGAUAGUGAACCUCGAGGAAGCAUCCAUGUAUUGUGAGUCUCUCCACGUGGAGUAAACUACUCGCUUAGUCUCCUCUCAAGAAAGUUCUAGUACAAAAAUGAUUUCAAGUAACAGUUUCCGCAAUCGUUACAGCUACUACUGGUACUGUUUACAUCCGUUGAAACUGAAACGCAGAAUUGAGGUUUGGUUGAGCUUCCUGCAGUGACUGCAUUCCUGGAAUAAUCUGAAUUAAAAGACUUGAGACAUUAUAGGCUAGAGUUUUAAGAACUAAUUAAAAACAUCUCAUACAAAGGAAAGCUGUGCUUUACAGUUUGCCAGUUUGUCAGCAAACUAAAUCUACUGGAAUAAUGAUUUUUAAUGACACCCGAUAAGUACUUACAUUGUAUGAUCGAAGUAAACGGAUAAUUAUCACUGGGGGGGGGGGGGGUGCCAGCCCUUCCCCCACCCUGUUGCCUAGUACAAAAUAACAACAAAAACAACGUGGACGUUUUCGAGACAUUGUGUAAAAAUUGCAAACCCCCGAAUGGACCAAUAGCUGACGACGGGAAGAAAUCACAUGCAAGCAUAUCAAUUAGACCAGAAGCUAGAAAGGAAGACAUUUGCAUCUGUUGGAUGCUCUGAGGCGGAAAACAAGGAAGUGUGUACAAUUACCGGGGUUACAAAAGGCAAGGAGAAAACCAAAGGACAUCAUACAGCAGAGAACUCCUGCUACUACACAAUGGCCAAGGAACAGAAAAAGUCAUUUGUUUGCAAUUUCAAACCAAACGUUUUGUGUUUGGUUAUACUUUUGUUCUAUCAGAGUUACUUGGUUUCCUCUCGAUUACCCAAUUACCAAUAUCAUGUUGACUCGUUGGUUGACACUAGAAAGGCGUUGCUGUCUUAUUUCGCAGAAACGGCAGGUGGGUGUUGGAUACUGGCGUGCACAGAGUACGCUACGAGAACGCAACUAUAUUUGUAGUCGAGGUUUCUUUUUUAAUUAUUAUACUUUCUCUUGAAGUACUGCCCUUUUAUCACAUCACGGUCAUUUUUUGUAAGGUGCAAAAAUGCAUGCUUAAUGUAUGCAUGCUUACAGAGGCAUACCCACUGAUGUAGAGGUUGUGAUUCGCAAAUUUUGCGCCAAAAAGAACAGACGUCUGGCGUUAAAAUUUCCUUGAGUUCCACCAAGAUUUCAGAUAUGUUUGCAACUAAUGUGUCGCUAGUCAGGUCAUUACGUUGUUGCUGCUGUUGACAACAACCACAACUGGCUGCAUUUUGUUAAAUAUUCCAUUAUUUCUUGUGCAAUAUGAAAUCCUGGCAUUUACCAAUUAAUGAAAGCGUCCAGAUUGCACCAGAUUACAUCUCAGACUACUUGAAUUUUCAGAAUUUACCGGGAAGGCAUGUCCCCGGACCCCCCUAGGAUGUAGCGCCUUGGGCUCUCCUUAUGGGUGCCAACGCACACAUAUUGUAUCUCCACUUAAUAUGCUCCACCAAGGCUUACAAUCAAAAAAUGCCUAGGAAUGCCCCUGCCCGUACUGAUAUCAAUACAUAUCUUUAAAGAAUAAGUUGAGAGAAUUUGAUAAUAGAUACAAGCAUUGUCUGUUUAUUGGUUAUUUUAAUAUUUCUCAUAAACUUUUCUCUUUAUGAGGUAUGAAUGAUGUUCAUUAGUCUUGGGAUGUAAAGGGUUAAGACAGUCUUGUUGCGUCAAAUUAAACGAUAUAAUUGUCUUUUCAUUACUUUGCAGCUCAAUCUAUUUUGAUUCUAUCUGUUCUAUCUGAAUUAGUGUUACGAGAAGUGGCAACUAGAAACAAUUUAAAUUCAUCAGUCCAUGAAUAAAACACCAAACAAUUAUUUUUUUAACUCUUUUCUUACUUCUUUACAUCACGGAACUAUUUUUUUCCAUCCAUUUUUUCAAUCAGCUUCGUCGCCGUCCAACAGCCUGCUGACAAACGUGGAAGAAAUAGAAAAAGCAGUUUACGAGAGCCAGGCCCAUCGUUCUUUUUACCUCCAAACAAUAACCAGAGUGAAAAAGAUCGAAGGCAUUAUCAAACUUGCCGCUCAGCAUGGCAAAGGACAAUUUCUUCGCCAAGCACUUGGUCAUGCGCUGUACACUACCAUCAACAUACAGAAAAGCAAGCACUCUUCCCCGACUUCGCGUCGUAAAAAGCGAUGUGCAAUAUACGUCAAUGCAGUUAAGAAAAUGAUGCAAUCAAUCAAAGGGGCAAUCGGAAAAGACAAUUUUAAAAAUUUUAUUGGCAACCAAAACCAGAUUAAGUUAACACUUAUGUUUGCGGUGGAUGACACGGUAAGUAUGUAUCAAGAAAUUCAAGCAGUCAAGGAUAUAGCAACUUACAUCGUCAAAACCUCGAGGCCAAAUUUAGAAGUGGAUUAUAUUUUGUCGCCUUUUAACGACCCAGGUUUGUGAGUUCUUAAGUUAUACACUUAGUCAUCGGAUGUAUCCGUAAGAGAUUAAAAACAUUUCCUUAUGUUAUCGUUGGGUUAUUUAAAGCAUAAACUAUCUUGACUAUGGUCUUUUCAAGUAUUCGAUGUUCAAGUUGGAAGAGUUCCAACAGCUGCUUUAAAACAAUCUUCCAGUUGUAAUAAGUACCAUUCAAGGCUUGAUAAAUCUAAAUGGCGACAAAUACCUUUUUAGUAAAAGACCAUAUUUCAACCAUAGUGAGGGCAGUAAUAUGAACGACCUUACACCUGGCUUAAAAAACAAUUUCAUAAAAUCCGUCCAUAAAGAGUCAACAAAAACUACCUCAAAGUUAGAAACGACUUAAAACGUAGUGUCCUUAAAGUUAUUUUUACUAGUUGAGAUGAAACGCUAAAACCUUACAAAGUAUAAUACCAACUGGCCAAACAAAACUGGUAGAACUAUUUACAAUCGGAUACGUUAAAGGGGCCAUGUCUCGGUUUUUGCUAUCCUUUUAAAAAAUGAUUUAAAAAGUACGGGUCGGCUAUUUCAACAAAGUCUAACUUAGUCUGCGGUUUAGGAAAUCUUUGGACCUUCAGCUAUCUUUCGUAGUAGGUUAUUUUAAGAAGGUAAAUGUUUUUUUAGUCUACGCUAUGUGCUUUCAUGAAACUGUUCAAGAUAGAUUGUGUUUACAUUAAAACGUUCGACAAACUGAAAAUGGCUUAGAACGCAGUUUUGUUAAACACUGGCUAAAGCCCGUUUAAAUAACUGGCCUUAAGUGUUUGAUGGGCGGGGGAAAUACUGCGGCUUUCCCCUGUAUGGUUGUCUUGAACGGCCAACUACAAUUUCUAUUCAAUUUUCUUCCCUCUCACCGCCACCACUAAGCACCAAACCUCACCCCACCAUCCCGUCCCCCUCCACCUUAAAUUCCAAAUAAAGCUAACCUGAUCACUGUCUUGAAUAAUUUUAUAGUCAUUGAUGAUAAAUUACUGAUACUUUGAGUGUACUAAUCAGUGACGGCACGAUUUGCAUAUUGUCACUCCAACCUCCAUGUUACACAGCCACUCACUCCGCUAAAAAUAAAAUCAUUAGUGGUAAUAUAUCUCCAGACUGGCUAUUUAGCUCUCUCUUGACAAGCAAAGAAACCUUUCAAAGCGGAACUCCACGCGCGAGUAGAGCCCAAUAUUACCAAAGAUGAAAAAGUUAGACGUAGUUUUUAUCUUUUAACUCCUCAGAAAGUGGCAGAGCCAUAAAGAAAGGUGCUGGGAAAGGAAAAGAAUUUAUUGACCAAAUUGAUGCUCUUUCUGCAAGUGGCGGAGGAGACUGUAAGGAGAUGGCCUUCACUGGAAUUCUGGAAGCCCUGAAAAAAGGUCCUGUAAGCAAUUCACCCCUAUACGUUUUUACAGAUGCUCCACCGAAAGACGUUUCAUUGUUACAAGACGCAAAGAUAAUAACACGUCUUCGAGGUGUACAUGUUUACUUCUUUCUAACUAAUGCCUGUGGUGACGAAGCCGAUUACCUGCCGUUCGAGGAACUUGCCAGGGACUCUUGUGGUCAGAUUUUUAAGCUGCCAAAAUCUAGGCCCGAUAUCGCAAAGAUGAAGAAUUUUACAAAAGUGCUCCUUGCAGGGACAACAUGCAGUACUGGAGGGCUAGUGAUGAUGAUGGGUAAGAAGAAACGGAGUGUUGCUGCAAAGGAAUACAAAUUGAUGGUAGAUGACACAAUGGACAAAAUAAUUGUAACGAUCUCUAGUGCCAACAGCUCUCCGAAAAUAACACUCAGAGAUCCCCUGGGAAGUUCUGUUGGAAAGACUACGAUGUCUAAAGUGACAAUAUUUGAGGUGGCUAACCCAAGGCCUGGACCUUGGACGCUAACUGUACCAACAGGUGCUGGAAAACACACA